CUCUGCGAAUUAAACCGCGAACACAGUGUGCGUCCCGACGUCCGACGACGGUCGCCGCGACGCUAGGUACACUACACAUACACAACGGGUCCGUGUCGUAUAGUUGUAGAUCCGACCUCGGCCACGGAAAUAACGCGAUACUCAUUGCAUAUUCCAAUCCGCACUCAUAAUUUUGCCAAAAACUCUUAGUUACAUAAGUGCCAUCAGUUGUCCCCCGUAAAAUAACAAUUUUUGUUCCGUUGUGAUUCCUAUUGUUCUUAUUUGAAUUGUUUUUGUUAAUGUUUAAAGUGACGCUGAAGAACUCGUGCAAUCAAACAGCGCAACGGUGAUCUACUGUUAGCUUUUAUUUGAGGAUUGGUUGAGUUGGAGUAACCGAAGACGUUGUGAUACGCACAUGAUUCGGUAGUAACUACCUAGAGGACAUUUUCUUCGCCGUAGCUUCAAUGUGGAAGUCCGACCAUCGUGGUACUCUCGUAGACAAGGAAGCAAAAGCGGCAGCUUCGCAAUGUCGAACUGCGCUAGAGCAUGUACGUAAUCUAUCCUGCCGAUGAAGUAGUCUAUUUAUCGUAUGGUCGUGUGAUCGUUAUCCCCCGAGUUAAUAACCAAGGCCGAGAGGCCGUCGACUGUUCAUCAGCUUCCCCCAAAACACCCCAAGUAGCGAACGAUCUCAGUGUUCCUUCCACCAGUACCAGCUCAACCAGAAGCUACCAUUCCGUAGUAAGUGGUCCUUCACUGUCCAACCUCUCCGAAGAACAAGAAGACGAAAACGAGGAGGAAAAUUUCGAAUCCAAUCAAUCGCUCGAAACAAACAAGACAUCGUACGUGAAAAGUUCGCCGAAAAAUUUUCGCGAGCGCGUCAGUAGUCUUUCAAAGAGACUUUCGGCCGACAAUUCAAAAUCUAGUAGCUCAAGUGGAACUCUCUUCUCCGAGAAACCACCUCCGUCACCAAGAAGUGCUAAGCUGAAUUUUCUUAAUAUCAAUCUCCAUCAUCGUAGCCGAUCGGCGUCGCCAUCUGAACCGAUCAACCGUCGGCUUUCGUACACGGACUACCUCAGUGCUAACAGAAGCAAUUCGCCGAUAAAUACGAAAAUUGUCAGUGAUUCUCAUCUCGCGGUUCCAAAACGCGAACGGUCUCCUAGAGGGGUAGAAGGUCCUACCCUUCGCGUUCCACAGUUCGCAGGGAAGUCUUCGAAAAGUGCCGAAGACUUGCCAAAAACAAGCAGUGCUAGUGCUCCUUGCAGUUCGAAUGAUUUCGGUUUCGAGUUUAAUAAACAGAAUAGCAAAUUCCUGACACUUCCCAGGACCAGGACGCAAUCUCUCUCGGCAGGUGAACGUUUUGCCCAAAGAGUACCGUUUGUAACAACUCCCAUCAGUAACUUAGUGGAAGAAGAAUCACCUCAGAAGGUUUACUUUACACAAUUUUUCUUUGUUUCAGUGUCGGACUUCACACAGCAGCUAGGUCAGAUUUAUGAGCAUCAAGCUGAAGAAUUACAAUUGUUGGUGUCCAAUUUUAGAAAAAGGAAUGGAGAACUACGGAAAGAAAGGCCAGCAUGUCCAAGUUCGUUAUUCCAUGUAUGGGAGACUCUUCUUCAGGAAGUGGAGAUUGACUCUCAAGGACUCAGCGAUAUAGCAUCUAUAUUGGGUAGACAAGUAUCCAGGUCGUUGCUGGAAAAGUCCUUUUUUAGAAAAAUCCAAUCCAGAAAAGUAUUCACUCAUAGGGACAAUUAUGAAGCCAUUAUUAGUAAAACAGAGGAAAAACUUUCAAAGUGUCGUCAGGACUACAAGAAUGCCUACUUAGCAUAUUUAACAAAUCCUACUACAGAUAGUUUAAGUUCAUAUUUUAACACCCAUAACGCGUACGUCCAGCAAUUGCAUGCAACCAAUGGGAUGUUAGACGAGUACACCAAGGACACAUUACCUCAACUAUUAAAGGAAUUGGAAGAAAUAUAUUGUGAUCUAUGCUCAACUGUAUCUGACGCUAUAGUGCAAGAAGCAGAAGCUGUUUCAGUUAAGGCUAUGGAACAACACAAGAGGUACGAAUCAUUAGCAUCUCAGUGUCGGAAUAUCUCAGGCGUCUCUGAUUUAUCACACCUCGCGAGAAGUUUGCCCCCUGCACAGGGAAGGGGAUUAAUAGUGAAGCGAAUAUUCGUUCCUCCUCAACCACCCCAGGAACUCAUCGAAGGAGCAGAAGGCCAAGAAAUGCAAAACGUUGGGGAGGCUGGAAGGAGGGAGUAUCAGGAAGGAAAUGUGGAAGGGGAAGAAGGUAUUGGAAAUAGUAACGAUAGGAAAAAUGGUACCAACGCUGGUCGAGAAAUGCCAAGAACGGAGCCAGACGUUCACAGCUUUCAAGAAUACACAUACAAGAAAAUAACUCCCUGUGACGUUUGUUCCCAAAUUCUAAGAGGACAUACGAAGCAAGGACUAAAAUGCAGGUCGUGUAAGAUGAACGUUCAUUUAGACUGUCAAGAGAAAGCCGCAAAAUGUCAACCAAAAUCCAGGCUUCUGAGAAGACAAAAGUCCACAUCAGAAAUUGAAUCCCGAGUUCCCGAACCAACGCUUGAAGAAGAAAGAAGGCAAAAUUUAUGCGAUUUCCCAAAUGAUUCUUACGCAGGACAUACGAAGCAAGGACUAAAAUGCAGGUCGUGUAAGAUGAACGUUCAUUUAGACUGUCAAGAGAAAGCCGCAAAAUGUCAACCAAAAUCCAGGCUUCUGAGAAGACAAAAGUCCACAUCAGAAAUUGAAUCCCGAGUUCCCGAACCAACGCUUGAAGAAGAAAAUAUAAGAGAGAGCGAUAGAUAUCCCCGCAUGACCACCUUCAAUCGACAAUUGUCAUUUAGAAAUAGCCAUACACCGACAAACAGUCCAGAUUCUACAAGUUUAGAUAGUACCGAAGUGGAUCGGAUCUAUCAGGUCCUAAAACAAGCAACAGAGAUAUCAAACAACAAACCCCGUUUUAACCUGGAACCACCAUACGCAGAAAGAACGGCCAUUUCUGCCUCUGUAAGCUCGGGCAGUUCAGGCCAGAGCAUAAACCGGCGUAACGUCCUGCCGGCCACACAAGGCUCCACGAAUGCCUCCACGCUUUCAGUUAACAAUCCUGUACCCUCUACCACUAGUUCAGAACGCAAACAUGCCUCGUCUUCGGCUACAUCAACGACUACCUCGUCACCUAUGGACAGCAUCUCAAUGCGAAGGAGACUCUUUGCUGGAAUGAAAAGUUUGACCGGAUUCGGAUCAAGAUAUAGGCGCUCGUCGCCUGGUCAUCGCUCCAUCUCACUACCGGAAAAACGAAGUUCGCAAGACGCUUCGGGCACGAGGCCCUUUGGAGAGCCCUUAUACCUUAUUCACAACGUUGAAAAUGGCGAUGACGAAGACCUACGACCCAUUACAGCGACCCGGGAAAAAUCGAAACACAUAAAUAAACGAAUAAGUUUUCCUCCUCAUUCCCCACGGCGUCAGAAGUUGAACAUUAGAAUGAAAAGUUUGUCGCUAGACUCCCCAGAGAGCUCUGAAUAUGUUCAAAAAAGAAGACAUCACGGAGCUGCUACCAGCGAACCACAUUCAAAGGACAGCUCUUCAUCAAGGAUAGAUUCUCCUUCGAGUCCUGUCCACAAUCGACGACUCCUUUCAGCGAAAAAUAUGAGAAUGUCAUCUGUUGAACUUCCUGAUGAUAACGAAAAGAGUCAUUCCUCUGCUAGUGCGUCUCCUUGUCCAAGUCCCGUAGGAGGCAAGAAAUCACAUAGACUUUUACCAACGAACCUGUACGUCAUUCUGUACAACUUCAAAGCCAGGCAUCAGGAUGAGCUUGAUCUAAAAGCAGGCGAUAAAGUCACUGUAAUCGACUUUUCUGAUCCUGACUGGUGGAAAGGAAAGUGCUUGGGACGAAUCGGAUAUUUUCCUUCCAAGUAUUGCUCUAAGCUCUCUGCCGGAGAGAAAGCCCUGCAGGUCACCCACAAUUUGCAACUGUCUGAUGGAGAUAACGGACUCAUGUUACUGAGGGACCAAAUCGUUAUUCAAAUUGGCGAAGAAGUUGAUGGUGUUGUGAUGAUCCGAUCCGGAGACAACCGACAAGGCGUGUGCCCGAUAAAGUUCCUUCAGGAGGUGUGACAGAGAAACCCACCGAUAAACGAAAUGUGCUAUCGAAAGAACGACCUGAAUAAGAAGCCCGUCUUGAACAAAAUUUAUUACCAAUAUCCCAAAGAAACUGCCACUUAUAAAAGCAACAACAUCACCAACAAACAAAGCUGUUACCGAAGGAACAAUUUUACUCAAUAUUAUUACAACAAUUUCAACGACAACGCCAUGAUGAACAACUACAUGUAUCUCCCCAAACAAAAAAAUAUCAAUAACAUCAAUAACAUUUUUGCCAUGUCCAAAAUACAAUACAGAUUUGAAACGAAAAAAACGACGUACAAGGCCCCAUUCUCAUCGUCCAAGCGACCCCUUUCCAUUAAACUUUCAACUCCUAAACAUGUUGCUAACUUUCUUAGUCGAACUUUUCAUUCGGAUUCUCAAAAGAGGCCCCUCCUUCUUAACACUAAUACAUCCCUAAACAAUUUAAACGAUUAUCAAAGUACCUAUCCUGUUGAUAAGAAUUUCAAUUUACCUUCAUCCGUCUACACAAUAAGUCAAAAUGUUGAAAAAAUUACCGCAAAGAGUUCAUUUUAUCCAAAGAGGAACUUCUUCAUUACAUCGAGCAGUAGGCCUCUUUUCGUUAGAAAAUAGAUAGCAGUAAAAAAUUAUGUUGUUGUUGUUGUUAUUUAAUGAUAUCUAUUAUUGUUGCACCGUUAGCUUUACAAAUAUUUAAAUCGAGCUUAAUACAGGGCGUUUAAAAUAAAUAUUUAUUUUGGUUUUCCACAAAACUUUUUGUUUGUGUACUCACUAAAACGUACCCCCUGAAUAUUUAUACUGUUUUAAGCAUUAUUAGUAAUUGUAAAACAUGUUUAAAAUAAAUGAAGAUAUUUAAACGCCCUGUUCCUUUCCCUUCACUGUCAGUGUUAGUGAAAUCACAAAAAUAUUAACUAAUUAUUUAUUAGUUAUUACAUAUUUAAAAUUGAAUUUUAUAAGUGAUUUAAGAUAGUAUUAUUCAUACUUCAUACUUGCAUACAAAAAACUUUACAGGAAAACUUUCAAAAACUAUUCCCAGCAGAGGGGUUGAUAAAUCUAAUUUAUUAAUAUAUUGUAUCUGUACCUUCUACGUAAUUAAAUUUCAUGAUUCUCUCAUUAGAAAAUAUAUCAAUAAACACAAAAAAAUGAUAUGGUUAACAAACCAUAAUCAAAAAAAGUAUAAAUAGUUGAGCUUUUUGCUCUUUUUUUUUUAAUUUCAUGUUUAUAAGACAUCAGAAAAUGAUUACACUUAAUAGUAUACAUGUUAAUGAAUUUGCUACAUUAUUAAAAUCAAACAGUUAUUUACUUGUUAGUCUUAAAGCAUUUAGUUAAUAAUUAUAUUAAACGUUUUCCCGUUGAUGUUAAUGUUUCAUCCAAAAGUUUAUUUUAGUUUAACGGUACAAUCAAGCAACUGUAUGUGAUAUUUUUACCUAAACCUUCUAUCUGUAAUUGUAUACGACCAACUUUGAUCUACCACAUGAAAAUUAACAUGAUUAUACUGCUUAGUCUCUAUCCCACCAAUUUUAUUGUAAUUAAUGACUAAAAUAGAUACUACAAAUUAUUAAUUAACCACGCCCUUUGUGAUACUAGGUACUUAUUAUUUAUUGUUUCACAUGAACUCUAAUACAAGACUUGAAAAUUUAAAUAGCAAACUAAAAUUUUAAUUCCAUCCCAAAAAAAGAAUUCAUUUAAGUAGAUAGAACUUUAUUUUUAAUAAAAAAAAAAAACUGUAAUAGUUACAUCUUAUAAAUGUGCAUAUUGUGUUAUCAUCUUACUUUUCAUAUGUAUAUAUAGUCGAAAUAGAAAUAAUCAGCUUACAACUAAAUUGUAUUACCUACUUAGAUCUUCAAUUUAUUAAUUAGAAUAGACUAUUGUAAACUGUAAUCUGUAUUACACAAUUAAUUGGCUAGGAACUGUCUAACUUAUUUAAAAUGUACGUAAAUUAUAUGUACCUUUCAUUUUAAAACCAUCCAGACAAUGCAUUGCUUUAUAGAAUGAUAAGAUACAAUUACAUUUUAAUUUACAUAUGAACUAGUAAUUUAAUUUUGUUUUAAAAAAUGUAUUAGAUUGCACUGGAAAUGUAAAACAAUUAUCAAAAAUUUGUAUCAUCACUUUACUCUACAUUGCGUUAAAAGCUAAAAUCUAAACAAUUUUAGGUUCUAAUAACUAAUAGGGAUGAGCUAAGUAUGUAUAAAACUAUAGAAAAUAAUCCACACAAUGUGUAAAAUAUUU